AUGAUCCGCCUCGUCUUCACAGCAACAGCAAUAAUAACCAGCUCCUCAGCAAUCUACUUCUACAUCUUCCAUGAACGUCUAUCAAAACGCAUAACCCACAAGUCCUACACCGGCACCCUCUCUACAGCCAACCCAAAAAUAGAAUCAAUCCCAGAAACCGCCUUCAGCGAUGAAUAUUUUACUAUCUACGAUCACGCCUCAAAGUCCGUAUCGCGUGCCUCGCUCCCUAGCGAGACUACGGACGUACUCUUCACAAGACUGGUGCGACGCAACAUGAGAGCCUUCUCGCGGUCCCCGCAGGCGCUUAUGCUUUCUAUGGCUAGUAAGACGGCGGAGCAGAAGAAAAGUUUUGGGGCGGGACAUCUUGCUGCGCUGGAUUUUGAGGUUGGGGAUUUGGUUUGUGGGUGUUACCGUGUUGUGGUCCGGAGAAGAGAUCGGGUUGAGUUUGAGAUUAAGAUGGAUGCGGUGGAUUUUGUGCAGGGGAGGUUGGCGAUUAGUUGUGAGGAAAAGGAGGGAGGGGUUGUAUUUUGUAGUGAGACUGUUAUGUGGAAGAGGGCGGAUGAGGUUAGGAAGAUGCCGUUGGAGAGGCCUGUUUUGAAGUGGAUGCAUGAGACUGCUAGUUGGUGGUUGUUGGACUCUGGGGUUAGGUAUUUGGUGGAUUUGGAGGUUUGA